AUGACCUACGUCUGUUAUGGAGUAUUUACGUCAACUUACAUCUGCCCAUCACUGUAUGCUCUACUGAUCCCAGUUCUUGGUUUUGCUGGAUUAUAUUACUACAUCAAGAGUUGUAAAAGCAAAUUGUCAAUGGUUCUCAAUGUGAUGGUCUUGUAUUUACUGAGUUUGUGCAGUUUUAGCGAUAUUGUCGUGAUGUACCAGAAUUUUUCCAUUGGAUACUUGUAGGUUUUUGGUGAUUUUGAUUAAUAUUAGGGUUAUUGAGGGUAUAAGGAAAGGUAAGAUAGGGUUGUGUAGCGCAGUAUAGAGUGAGGUAUUAUAGAGUACCAUAUGUUAUUGUAGUUUAAAAUUUGGUCUAAAGGUGUACUGUUGGGUACGCUAUUUUAUUUUAAGAUAGGGAACUGUAAAUUAAGGCACUGUGUAGGGUACGAUAGGGUAUAGUACUAUAGGGUAAAAUCUUGUAAGGCAGAGUACUGUAGUUUAGGUACGUCAAGGUGGGUAUUUCAGCUUAGGGUACUGUAGAAUUCGAUACUCUAGGAUAGGGCACGGUGGGAUAGAGUACUGUAGGCAAAAUACUGCAAGAGAGGGUACUGUAGUGUAAGAUACUGUAGGGUAAGGUACUUUAGAAUAAGGUACUGUAGAAUAAUGUAUUGUAGGGUAGGGUACUGUAGUGUAAGGUGCUGUAAGGUAACGUACUUUAGACAAGGUAUUUCAAAUCAAGGUUAACUAGGGUAAGAUAUUGUAGAACAAGAUACUGUAGUUUAUGGUACGCUAGGACAUAACAGGGCACUGUUUGGUGACAUAGGAUUCAGCUCAUGGUACUGCAGGUCGGGUAAGCUUGGAUAAGAUGUUAUGACGAGGUACUGUAGUUUAGCAUACGGUAGGAUGUGAUACUGUAAGCUAAGAUAGAUAGGGUACUGUAAGGCAGGGUAGGGUAAGCUUAAAUUUUUAUAACUAUUUUUAAAUUUUAAAAUUUCAGUCCAGACCACUUUUCCCCAUUGAUGUAUGGACCAGGUGGACUAUUUUUUGGCACUCUAGCAUUGGGCGUGGCAGAGGCAAUGACAGUUUUAUUUAUCGCUCACAUUUUUGAAAUCAAACGUGGUAUGAACAAUUCAAGAUGGAUCAAAUUAUUAGUUCCAGGCAGUUUGAUCUCUGUUCCUUUUGCUUGCGUUACAGUAUGGUUCUUAAUCCAACUUCGGCCCACUGUCUAUCCAACGGAUCAGUGCUACAGUCAAGCGAUUUGUGGUAUAAUAAGGAGCGUUAGAGACAUGGUUGUGAAUCUAUUUGGAAGGUGAGAUAUGGAUGAAGAUUGAGGUUGGAAUUGAUGGUUGUAUAAUGUUGUUGUAGAGGAAAUACAGACGAAAAUACAUUGUAUAUGUUGAUAUAGUUGUAGAUUUGAUGGAAAUAAAUUUUGUGUUUAAUGAAGGUGGUUAUUUGUGAAAAUAGUUUAAAAUACGCGCAUUAUUGUACUGGCUAUCAUAUUUACUAACAAGGAAAGUGCCCAGGGCCGGUCGGGGACUUUUGGUCUGGGGGCGGGGGUCAAAAAAAUCGGCACAGGUAGCUUGUGACAAUUCUGUGCAAAAAAUUUUUUCCAAAAAUCCACAGGGAGGACCACAAUCAAAAAUUUAAAAAAUUUCUUGGGGGGGGGUUGCUUUUCCAUCCCCCCCCGCUCAAAAUUUUUAUAUGAGUUCUUUUUACCACCAAUAGUACCAAUAAAAAGUUUUAGCCCGCGCUUUUGAGUUUUAAAUUUGAAUUAUUUUGGUUUCCCGCCGAUUUGGCAAAGUUGGCAUUGUGUUUCAAGCACUUUUUUUGACUUUCCAGUCAAGCUACGCUUACAAAUUUAAAAAUGUAAGUUAAUUUAAAAUUAUUCUACUAGUAAAUCAAAGAAAAAUACCUAAAAAAUUUUAAAAAAAAAUUUUAAUUUUUAAAAUUUUUUUUUGAAAAAAAAACGUUUUUUAACUUUUUAAAUUCUCAGUUGGAGAAAGCAUGGCGAAGGGUGCGGUUGUGGUGAGUGUUGAUCCGCAAAAGGAAAAAGAAGAGCUGAAGGUAUUGAAGGAUACAAAAGUCCAGAAAUGGUGCCCAUUCGAAGUUGACGAUGUUGAUGGGGUGAGCCUUUAUAAUUUUUUUAAAACUUUUGGCUAACAAUUUUAAAUUUUACGUGGUUUUUAGUUUUUGCCUGUGUUAUUGUAUGAUAGAGGGUUUCAUCGUAGAUUUAUAAGAUAGGGUACUGUGAAGAAGAGUAGGGUACGGUAGGACAAACAGGAUGAAGUAGAGUAGAGAAAAGUUGUUAAAUAGAGGUUAGGGUGGUGUUGAGUAGGAUACUUUAGGGUAGGGUAGGGCAUAGUAGGUUGCUUAGGGUAGGUUACGGUAGAGUUGUGCAAAAGUACGACAAGGGUAUGGAAGACGUCAGUCAAAGGUAGGGUAAGGUAGGGUAGGGUAGGGUAGGGUAGGGUAGGGUAGGGUAGGGUAGGGUAUGGAAGACGUCAGUCAAAGAUAAGAUGAGGUAGGGUAGGGUAGGGUAGGGUAGGGUAGGGUAGGGUAGGGUAGGGUAGGGUAGAGUAGGGUAUUAUAAUUUAAAAUUUUUUUUUCAUACUGUAAAAAUACAAAAUCUUUUCAGUUCACCAUGCUCUGCCUCUUCAUCAUCCACAUGGCAUUCAUGGCCUACUCCAUGGUCUUUGUUUGCUCAUCCAAGUAUUCUCUAUAUGUGCCAUUCAUGGGCUUGUCAGGCAUCCUCUACUACUGGGCGAGCAAUUACAGCUACAGAUCUGUCGUCUACAAUUUGGUCGUUUUGGAACUGCUCGUUAUCUGUUUGUUCAUCGAUUCUUCGAUUUCGUUCGCCAACCUCAUUAGUCAGACUUAGUAAGUAUUAGUAUGCUUAGAGUUGGUAAGCUUAGACUGUGUGAGCCUGUGCUUAGUAGGUGUAAGCUUCAAAGGUUAUGCUUUAAAAAGUUUUGCUUCUAGGCUUAGGCGUAGCAAAUUUAUGCUUAGUUAAUUGAGGCGUAGUAUCCUUCUAGCCUCAAGUUUUUAUGCUUUUAGGUUUAUGGAUUUAAGCUUAGGCUUUUGACCGUAGGCUUUUAUAAUAGUAUAAGGCUUCUGAGCUUGAACGUACAGGCUUAAAAUUAAAGCUUUUGGGCUUUGAAGCGUAGGCUUCUAAACUUAAGCUUCUAGACUUAGGAUUCUAGGCUUAAGCUGUAGGCUCAGGCUUCUAGUCUUAGGCUUAGGCUUAGGCAUAGGCUUAGGCUUCUAGGUUUUAGCUUAGGUUUAGGCUUAGGCUCCUAGGCUUAGUUUUUUAUGCUUGGGCUUCUUUCACGUUUUUAGGCUUAGGCAUCAAUGCUUAAGCUCUUAGGUUAGGCUUAAUAGACUUGACAAUAAGCGUAAUUGGCUUAGCUUUUGUAGGCUUGAGCUGAUAACUAAGUAUUUUUUUUUUGCACAGUGCAAUUUUUAACAUUUUAAAAUAAAAAAAAUUUUAGUAACGACUACGCUUCUAUGACCUUCAAACUCUCUGUGGUCUUUCUCUACUACUUUGGACUCUCGGUGAUGGCUAAAACCUUGAUGAGCAUGUUCGUGAUCCAGUUGAUGUACCCAGACCGCAAACUUACCGCCUGGGACCACUUUACGAACAUUGUAUGUUUGAUGAGUGUUGUGGCUUUGGUGUGCCAUUGCUACUUUUCCUACACAGGCUUUAAUCAAAUGGAUCAGUGCGAGCUACAGUUUUUGAAUGUUUUGGCCAAAGGAACCAAAAAAAGCAUUCGGCAAAUGCUCAACGCGAAGUGA